AUGGAGUUAGGAAAACAUGAAAGGAAAGUCUCAGGAAGAGAAGCUUUAGAGGAAAAGCAAACGGUCACUUCUCAAGAAUCUGGAACCAAACCUUUGACCUUCACAUUUGUACCAUCCAUUGGAAGACUUCCAACUCAUUUUGAGGUUGUAGAUGUCUCUAAGUUCCUUGUGACAAUUCCAGAGGAGCCAAAGGAUCCGAGCAAUCAAGAAAUUACAAAUAAGUCUAAUGCAGUCUCUGAUGAGCUGGCCUUAAAGAGCAAGGCCAGACAAGACUGCGUGUCUACCAUCUGUACUGACAGCACCAGAACGGCUUUCCAGUCCCCAGGGUGUAACUCGAGCAAAGGAGAAAUGCAGGAGAAUGACCUUUUUAAGGCUGAGUUUAUCCUGAUUACGGACUCCGGUGAUGAAGAUGAAGUAGCUGCUGCCUCAAACAAUGUUCAUCGGCCUUCCAAUGGCUACGGUGCCAUCAGCGCUCAACUACUGUCCACGUCCCAUGUUUCUCCUGGCUCUGGGGCAGGGAAACCUGGUGAUGGGCACAUUGCAGGUGCUGCACUUUCCCACGGCACUACUGAUCUGAAAAAACAUCAGUUAAUUUCUACUCUUUCCACCUCUGAUCAUCUUUCCUCUAAACCACCUGCUGUCCACUUAAUUUCUCCAACUAAUCAGAAAGUUGUGUGUGGUACCAUGGUUAACCUGAAUCAAGCUUCUUCGCUGGAAGACUUCUGUAACAACUGGCAGUCAGCAACUGGGUUUUCUAAGCAAGAUUCAUCUCUCUACUUUCAGUCUGCUUCACAUAGUUCACUCCCCUCCAUGUCUAAAAUAUCCUCUUCUGCGUCAAAUAGUUAUUGCUCUACUCCUCGACUGUAUGAUAACCUACAAACAUCAAGUCUCUGUACCUCUGGCUGUGUUUGCAAAAUGGAAAACUUUACCAGAUCAUCUGUUCCAUCAAAGAGCCCAAGUCUUUUCCCCAAUCCCCCAUGUUCAGCUGAAAUUCAAGGAUCUUCAGCUCAGCCUUUAUCCCCUAGUUCUUCCAAAAGAUUGAAUGCUUUGUCUCCUGUCCCUGUACAUUUAAUAACACAUUCAUUGUCUCCUAGUCCUAAACCUUUGUCUCCACCCUCUUUUUACAGCUCUUCUUCAACCAUUUGUAGCAUAAAUGAGCCUUGCACACAAAUGUCAUCUAGAGGAAAUUUAGCAGGGUCAGGAGUCAGAUCCCCUCUGCCAACCAGACUGACCCUCUUAACUGCUAUUUUGAGAUCAGGCUCUUCUCAGCAGAGAUCACUUUCCCCUGCUUCUUGUCCCACAUUUUCUCCUAGCUCCCUUGGUUCCUCAAUACUCGCAAUAGAUCAAAAGUCCAAAACAACUCCCCCAACCCCCCAAAAAUAUGUUUCAAGCCCUCCUAUAAGGACAGAUUCACCCAGCAGAGAGGAAUAUUGGCUUUCAGGAUGGGCUCGGCAUCUGCCUUUGCCCUCCAAGCCUCAUCCCACCCCUAGGGCAAGGUCCAUUUCUCCUAAAAAGCACCUUCCAGUUGGAACAUUUUCUCCAGAGUCCCAAAGUCCUCUAUCAUCCCCUGUCUCCUUUCGCAGAAAACUGGUUGCCACUCCAGAUUUGCAGCCUUCGUUGCCCUCUCCUUCUGCCCCGGCACCCUCUUCCCUUACACACCCUGCCUCUCUUUCUCCUGGAGAAGGGCUGCAGUAUGCUGCCUCCAGGUCCCAGGCACCUCUGAAGUCUCAGAGAGUACACACUUACUCACCCAUCUUUACCUGCCGGUCAUAUCCUUUGCUUUCUUCUAGCAGCCUUAGUGGUGUAUUCUCCCCCACCCUAGAAAAACACUUAUCUCCUUCCCCAGCUCUUUUUCAUUCUGCUUCUAAAUCUAAAUCAGAUUCAUCCCAAACAUGUGUUCAGGAGAUGAGUGCCUCCUCUCUUACCCCUUCAAGUAUCUCAAAGCAAUGGUCUCUCUCACGGCCUCAUUCUACUCCACCGGCUCCACAAACUGGUAAUAUUAGUUCCCAUCCACUGCAGCUUAAUUCUUCAUGGGUGCACACAAAUUAUAGGUCUAAUUCCUCUUCUCCAAGACCUGAGCAAUCUGUCACCUCACCAGUGUUAAAAUGCAGAUCUCCUGUCUCAGACAAGUCACCAGGCACACUGUCAUCAAGACCCAGAGAGCUGACUUCAUCACAAUCUUUUUCCCUGCCUUCUGACCAUGAAAACUUCAAACCCAAGCAGUACAAGAUCAAGACAAGCUACAAGGCAUUUGCAGCAAUCCCUACAAACACAUUACUUAUGGAACAGAAGGCAUUAGAAGAGCCAACCAAGGAUGCUAGUGUGACUGAAGGCACUGCUUUGGACACCCAUUCAGAGGUGUGCUCCCCUGCCCAGCUCCGACAACAAACAGAAGAGCUGUGUGCUGUCAUUGAUCAAGUCCUGCAGGACCCACUAACUAUGCGCCGAUGCGAAUCUUCUCCAAGUUUCCUGCAGAUGAGCACGGAGUCAGAUGUUGGCAAGAUUAAGUCUUUGCUUUUAAUAUAUUUAUUUAUUUUGUUGCAGCGAGCAGCUGGGCGUGAAACCAGAUAUGCCAGCCUUUACAAAUCGGCACCUAUGAUGACUGAGAGUCAGAUGACAAAACCUGGUGUCAUUCGUCCUGUACUGGUGAAAGCAAAGAGUGCGCAGCAAAAGGAGGAGCCUUAUCAACCCAAUCCUUUUAAAAAGUACCUUGAAGAAAUCAGUGAUCAAGAUAUUGAGCAGGAGACUGCUCUCCUAUACACUCUGUAUCCAACUAAACUGAUCCCUCCAACUAAGUCCCCUUUGCGUCCUUCGUCCAUCUCCCUCGCUGACUGUCUAAACCCUGGACCUUUCAGCCACUUGUCUUCCAUCAUGUGUGAUGUUCAUGAGAAUCCCUAUAGCCCUUACAGUCACAACUUUUUGUACAAUAAG